AAAGAAAUAAAGAAAAUAUAGGUUUAUUUAUACAAAACUAUUCAAAAAAUAUUGCCAAGGAAAAAUACCUCAUUUUUCCUUGGUGAUAGAUACACUGUUUAUUACAGUAAGACUAAAACAGAUGUCGUCACUUCAAAAAUCAAAAGUCAUCAGAAGGCGAAAAAAAUAAUGAAAACAAUGAAUUUGAUAACCAGAAUCAAUAAAGGUAAAUAUCGUAAUUAAUGAAUAAUGACAUUCUACCGUUAAAGGAAACUUACAACGAAUAUUAUUUCAAUUCCAAUCUAUUUCAUCCUAAUAAUAGGACAAUUGAAAUGACAAUGCAUUAUGAUGGUGUAAACAAUCGAACAGUAUACGCAAAACUGAACAAUCAUUACUUAUAGUUCAUAGAACUUAGGUGAUAAUUGGAGAAAUUAUAUAUGGUCACAGAAUAUUGUCAACAAGAUGUGAAAUAGGUAAAUUAAUGAACUGAUUGUUAAAUACCUGAUAUUCGCAAACGUAUUAAUAAAUCAUUCAGAAAAAAAUUCUUUGACGCAACCAAUGGAAUUUAUUUCAUGGAAAAAAUUCUGAAAGCUGUCUGCCGCAAGACAUGCAAAACAGUAUGCAACAAUGAAUGCAUCAGACGACACUGACAUUUUGUUUUAUGUUCUAAAUGGAUAUGGAGUAACAGUUUCAUACUUAAUCAUUAACAUUGUUACAACGAUUCUUGGUGUUAUGAUUUUAUUUCUGAACUUUCUCGUCAUCGACACAAUUCGUCGGAAACAUGAACUAACGAAUACAGCAGAUGUUCUUUUACUAAGUUUGGCGUUAGCAGAUUUUCUGACGGGAAUUUUGGUGCUGUAUAAUACAGCAUAUACCAUGACAAAUUUCCAAAACUCUUUAGAGUGUAGAUUUAGAUACAGUCUUUUACUGACAGUGGCCAUAUCAUCGGGUUUUCACCUCUUAGCGCUCACAAUUGACCGUUAUAUUAAAAUCAUAAAACCUUUACACUACAGCAGACUGUGUAAAAGAUCAACGUUUCUGACUACGUGUAUCUCGGUGUGGAUAUUUGCUAUACUCGUAGGAUUAAUACCAACGUUUGGAUGGAACAACAAUUAUGAGGAAACCAAUGGUGAUAACCUUUUGUGUAGUUUCUUUGGUACUCUGCAUGAAGAUUAUCUUCGGAUGAUUGUAGUUUUGUUUUUUAUACCCGUGAUUUUGAUGCUUAUUCUUUACAGCCACAUUUUCAAAGUGGCUCACAGACAUUCUAGACAGAUAGCCGUACAAGAAAGAAUGGUACAUCCACAUGCAAAGGAUAAAUUAUCGUGGAAAUUUACAAAAACAAUCAGUAUUAUUAUAGGAGUAUACCUUCUCAUGUGGCUCCCUACAGGUAUUUUGGUGAUCUUGAAUGUGGAGGGAAAGUUGUACCAUAAAUCAAAUUCAGACAAAGGAGUAAUUUUAAUCUACACUUCAGGAUUGGCGUUCUUCAACAGCUUAUUAGAUCCAAUUAUUUAUGCCUUUCAAAUAUCAUCAGUGAAGAAGAGAUUCAAGUCAGUGUUCUGCUGCGGCAAACAGAAUUCUAUUGAAAAUCAAAUUUGUACAGUUGGAUACACAACAAAUAUGGUACUCAUAAAAAGUGGUGUUCAUAUUGAAACAAUUAAUACUUGAUGUUCCCAAGAAUGUAAAUGAGCCUGUCUUUAUAAAAUUUAUAAAAAAUU